CACUGAAUGCCGAGCCGUAAGAAUGUCAAAGAUGCAAGGCUUUUUACUGGCAUAAUUUCGUUUAUAUCUAUAUCCCACAACACGUAGAUACUUAAAAACAGAACCCGCACACUGUCACGGAGGUCACGAAGAUAUCCAAAGUGAAUUGUCCAGUUGAAACGAAGGAAAGGCCCCCUUUGCAGAGAGAAAAUUACUUUUACAGAUCAUGGACAUUCUAAAGUUCUUUUGUUGUUUGUCUGCAUUAUUUUAUUUGACGAGUGCAAAAAAUUAUCGUAUCACCCAAAGUGGACCUGCUGUGCUCCAUAGAAAUGUCACCCUUUCGAUAAGGAUACCGAACAUGAAACGACCGGCGGUUUGGAAGUGCCACAAUUAUAAAUAUGAAUGUGACAGGACAUGCGCUGAUGGCCCUGACUAUAAAGUGACACAGAAAGAAGAUACCUCCACGCUUUGGAUCAGAAACAUAACUGAGAAAUGUUCGACUUGGAAAUUUGAAGAUGACAACCUUAAUGGUGGAAGAAUUCAUUUGGAGAUAAAGAAUGGUGCACAAGGAACCAGCAGCCUCAGAACCAAGUCCAUCCUUGUCAUUGGGAUGAUAAUUGCUGUCAUCAUUUAAACAUUUUAAGAAAGACCAGUAAUAAUCUCAGGUGCUGGAAAGGCACUUUUUGAUAUUUAAUCUUUUAUUUUUAAUCAGUUUCAGUCAUUUUGCUGAGUCCAUGCUAGAGCAAUGUCUUGAAGGGUUUUUAGUUGAAUAAAUUGAAACCUGAGCAUUUUUUUAA